GGCACUCUCACGGACACACGGUCUAUACACAUUACACGGUUCUAAGUUCUAACAUUCUACAGCGAACAAUUGCGACUAUUGCGAGUCUAACCACAUUAUUCUUAAAAUCUAGACAAAGUAAUUCAACAUCGCUGUUUGACGAAAUUACAAGAUGAAUAAUUCAAGUGAUCUGAAAGCGUGGAGUGACGUGGAAACAGUGGAUACCAUUUCUCUUUCAUCUUUGAGUAUAAAUUCUUGUGUUAAUAAUCCUGAACAAGUCAAUCAAGUAGAAAAUAAUAAUCCGGUUUAUCUUCCGCCUGAAUUGAUGGAAAAAAUUAUCUGUUAUUUAGACGGCAGGACAUUGCUUAAAUUCAAAGAGUUGUCAAAUACAUGUAAUGAUAUUACUAACAAUGCACUCCGUUAUAAUAAAAUAUGGAGAAGAAUUUGCAUGGAAGAAUUACCUCAGAAAUAUUUAAUUGAUCUGGUAACUAAACAAGUUCCCAAGUAUAUUCCAUUAAAUUUGAUUUCAGAAUUUCAUUAUGAGCAUAUUUAUAAAAAUUGGCUUGAAUGGCAAACUCCUGUUUUUAAAUUAUCUAAAAUAGGACAACACCAUUUCUUGGGUCUUGAUGGAGUGGUUAAAAUUAUUUGUCAUAAACAUGAUGUUAUGAUUGUAUUUUCAAAUUUUAUGUAUUUAUUUUCACUUACAAAAGAUCAGAUGACAGGAAGCUAUUUCAUUAGAAAUAGUGAUUCAGAACUAUGCAAACAUAAUUCCAUAGUAGUAUUAAAUCCUAGACCUCAAACAAAUGAAGAUACUGGAGAAGAUAAUGUUUUCAUCGAUUGCGACAUAAAAUAUUCAAAUGUAUGCCCGUUACAUAACACAGUAAGGAAAAUACACGAUGGAAAUAGAAGAGAACAUUACACUGGAAAACUUAUUGAUGUAUACAUGAACCUUUAUACUAAUAUAUGUUGUUGGGUCCGAGAAACUUGGUAUGAAUGGCAUUCACAUUCUGAGCCAAAGAAUGUUAUUAAUGGCCAUUUAUGCCCACAUUUGAGUUAUCUUUUAUAUACUUCAAUAAUUCAUGGGCUGAUAAUUAGUCGGAAUCGGACUAAUAGCAUUUUAAUUCAUGGUAUUUUUAAAGAUUCAUGCAUAAUGGUUAAUCCAUGGUUGAAGACUAAAUAUUCUGGAGCUACUGCGGUAUACAUGCAUACUAACAUUUUGUUUAUUGGAACUCUAAAUGGUUACUUAUUGGCGUAUCGUUUGCACUCUAUGGAUGAUUUAAUUAAUCUUAAAGAUAAAAAUAUGAUGUUCGAAAUGAAAAUGGAUAUUGGCCAAAUAAUUAUGUUAGACAUAAUGGAUUUUGAAGAUGUUAAAGCCAUCAUAGUUGCAUCUACCUUAAGUGUUGUUUGGAUUAAAAUUGAUUAGAUUCUAAAUUAUUUUUAGAGACUGCAUGUUUAUUACAAAGAGAAAUUAAGACUUCAAUUCUACUCUUGAAAUCAAAAUUUUUCAGAUUUAUGAUAACAAUUUUAUUUUUUUUAUACUAAAUAACUUUUUAUUCA